CUCGUCCUGUAGCGCAGAGCUGGUUAAAAAAAUGGCAGAAGUUGAUUUCGGGGACAGUGAGCUCUUUGAGCAGCUGGACGACUCCGCACCGCCGGUCCCGACGCAUAUUCGCUUCACAGACGACGAGGAGGAGACGGAGGAGACGGAGGAGAGCGCUGACUCCAUCCAGAGACUCACUGAGGAGAAUAGGAGCUUGAGGAGAAAGCAGAACAUCCUGACACGACCGAGCGGCAUUGCUAUUAAAGAUGUCGACUAUGACGGGCCUGUUCUUCAAAUCCUUUAUUCAAACAACAUGAUUUCAAAGCAGUGUCGUCAAGAAAUUGAAGAUUGCAUCUGUAGUCUGAUUUUGAAGCACCAGAACCCAAGCAAUGAAAAGAAAAAAUCCACCUUUCACAUUAAACCUCAGAACUCAGCUUUUGCUGUGGAUGAAGAUCCGCAGAAGUCGUCUUCCAGUAGUGUAAAAACAACAACAGAAGCCUUUAAAGUGGUUGGAAGUGUUUUAUAUUUCACUACUUUCAGUCUUGAUAAACUUGGACAGCCUCUGGUGAAUGAAAACCCCCAGCUGACAGAUGGAUGGGACGUUCCAACCUACCACCAGGUUUUCAACCAAGUCAUUGGCACAGAUGGACAGGAAAUAGAAAUGAAAGAUAAAAGACCCAAAUCUAUGUGUUUCAACUGCGGUUUGAGCGGGCAUCAGCUGAGAGACUGUCCCAAGCCUAAAGACAUGGCUGCAAUUAAUGAGAGAAGAAAGGAGUUUAAUCAGAACAGCAACCAGGGCAUGCAGAGUAACCAGCGAUACCAUGCUGACGAAGUGGAGGAGCGGUUCGCUAAAUACAAGCCUGGAGUCAUGAGCGAGGAACUGUUGACAGCGCUGGGAAUUGAUGGCGACACCCUCCCUCCUCUGAUUUAUCGCAUGAGGCAGCUGGGCUACCCACCAGGUUGGCUCAAAGAGGCAGAGAUGGAAAACUCCGGCUUAACGAUGUAUGAUGGAAAUGUUUCAAAUGACGGCAAUGACAACCCCAAUUCGCAAAACAUCUCUUAUGAUGUUUCCAAACUGGUUGAUUUCCCAGGCUUCAAUGUACCUGCACCAAACAAAAUCAAAGAUGAGUUCAUGCACUAUGGAUCUAUUCCAAUGCAGACCAGUCACAUGAAGCAAAACUACGCAGCCUAUCUGUCCAACAACUUCCCUAUGCCUGGUGCCACCUGCAACAAGAGACGGCACGAAUCUGACUCAUCUCCACAGCUCAGGAAGAAGACGAGGUCCAGUCCUGAUCGAAACUCGGAUAGAAGCUCAGAUAUGGAUAUUGAAUCAGAUCCAGGAACACCUUAUUAUGCUGGCCCAGGUGACUUCCAGUUUCAACCUCCACUGCCCCCUGGCUCGCCUUGCUUCAGUUCACCUCCUCCUUUACCCCAGGGCACUCCUCCUGCUACACCCACUCCCCCACCUCUUCCUAAAGGUACACCUCCUCCCACACCCACCAACGGCUCUCCAGCUCUGCGGGGGCGUAACUGGGUAGCAGUUGAUGAGACUGUUGAGGAACCAGAGGAUGACCUGACACUGGAGGAACUGGAGGAGCAGCAGAGGCUCAUUUGGGCAGCGUUAGAAAAUGCUGACACUGCCACCAAUAGUGACUGUGACACACCUGUAAUGGGAACACCUGUACCCAGUUCACCAAGUGUUUCCACGCCUGUGCAUGUAGACACAGAAACAGAAGACGUUGAAGAAGCGAUGGACACAACAAAACUUGCAGAAACUUGUCAUAGCAGCGAAAAUCAAAAGGAACCAGGGAUUCAAGAGAUUUCCACUCAAGCCCCUGCAUCGAUCAAAGUUGAGGAUGACAGCCCCCAGAGCCCAGAACCAGUCAAAGCCCAAGAAGACAGCCCUCAGAGUCCUGGUCCA